AUGUCGUCCUCGGGCUCGUCCUUUACUUCCUCGUCGCUCGGUCGCCCUCCAACAUACGGACGAACAUACGUCAGUCCGGUUGAUUCAACCUGGACUCCCACCUCCGGCAUAUCAACCAUUUCUGCUCCGACCACCGAGGGGUCGGGAACUGGCACCUCGGUACUCGAUCUGGGACCCCCGGGUUUCCAGGCAACAAUAAUCCUUUUUCAAGAUACUCCUGACGAACGAGUCGUUUACUUGGGGCCUUGGGAAGUGGUGGGUUCUGAGCAGCGCCGUGUUCUGUGGCAGGGUAGCUACCAGAACGAACUGCUCGAACACUUCUUGCCCUCCGACACACCCUCCGAUAUAUAUCCUCAUACCCUCCACUCUCGCCAUCGCCCGUACUAUGACCCUUCGGACAUGGAGAGAUAUCUCACGUUUCAGGAACCUCACCGGAUUCGAUACACAACGGAUGAGGGUGUUUGUAUACAUGACCAGUACGUCACGAUCAGAUAUGAGUUCACAACAGUCGAGAGCUCUAUUCAAUUUCAGGGAGAUUUGCGCAGAAAGGACCUAGUUGAUUUCUAUGACGUCGACGUCGUCUGGACAAACGUCCAUGGUCGCACAGAUGGCUUCGGCAAGGUGAAGGGGAUCGGUGCGAUUCAGAGACUCAAGUUGUGGAGGGAUCGAUAUACGACUUUCCACUCCCUCAGCGUGUGUGCGAAUAAGACGGAUGGCCAAUAUCGAGAGUAUGAUAUUCACUCGUUCGACGGGGAACUGCGCGGGCGGGACGACCGCGCAAAACAGCUUCGAAUCAAUGCGGCUGGCAGACGGCAUACUUCGGGCGACGACCAGCAGCACUCACACCGACGCUUUUCACUGCCGCAUCGUAUGCGAUCUCGAACCAGGACGAAUGAUUCCUCCGAGCCAAGAUCAUUGCAGCAGCCGACUCUUGACAUACGAUAUCUGGCCAUCCAGUUUACUGAGCGUCAAGUCAGACCAGCAUACCGACGAUUCAUCGAGACAUGGCUUUAUUGCCACAGUUCGGACCGCGAAUUCAACGGCAUCCCAUUUCCACCAAACCAUUUCGAACUGCCCUCGCCGCAGAUUCUGCCGGGACAUUCUCCCGAUUUCCCGGUGUCAGGAUGGCCGAACCACAUGCUCGAAUCGGUGCCAGAACCCUCGGAUGCGGCCGAAGCUACGCCUUGA